UCGCACAGAGGCUCUCUCUCUUCCUCUUUAUCUCUUUUUCUUUGUCUUUCUUUCUGUUUCUGUGAAAGGAGUGAAAAUGGCGGAGGCCAGUAUUUCAGUAGAUCAGGAUCAGUUCAUCUGUCCAGUGUGUCUGGAUCUCCUGAAGGAUCCGGUGACUGUCCCGUGUGGACACAGUUUCUGUAAGGUGUGUAUUAAUGACUGCUGGGAUCAGGAGGAUCAGAAGGGUAUCUACAGCUGUCCUCAGUGCAGAGACACUUUCACUGCAAGGCCUGUUCUAAACAGAAACAACAUGCUGGCUGAAGUGGUGGAGAAACUGAAGAAGACUGAAGUCCAAGCUGCUUCUCCUGAUCACUGUUACGCCGGACCUGGAGAUGUGGAGUGUGAUUUCUGCACCGGAAGAAAACACAAAGCCGUCAAAUCCUGUCUGGUGUGUGUGUCUUCUUUUUGUGUAACUCAUCUGAAUCCUCAUUAUGUUUCUCCUGCUUUUAAGACUCACACAUUAACUGAAGCCUCAGCAAAGCUACAAGAGAAGAUCUGCUCUGAACAUAACAAGCUGAUUGAGAUCUACUGCAGAACUGAUCAAAACUGCAUCUGUUAUAUGUGUAUGAUGGAUAAACAUAAAGGACACGACACUGUCACAGCCUCAGGAGAACGAACUGAGAAACAGAGUGAGUUAAAGGAGCAGCAGAUGAAAUCCCAGCAGAGAAUCCAGGAGAAGCAGAAGAAGGUGCAGGAGCUGAAACAGGCUGUGAACACUAUAAAGCUCAGUGCACAGACAGCAGUGGAGGACAGUGAGCAGAUCUUUACUGAGAUGAUCAGCUCCAUGGAGAAAAAGCGCUUGGAGGUGAUGGAGAUGAUCAGAGCUCAGGAGGAGGCUGAACUAAGUCGAGCUGAACGACUCCUGGAGGAACUGGAGCAGGAGAUCACUGAUCUUCAGAGGAAAGUCACUGAGCUGGAGCAGCUUUCACACACACACGAUCACAUCCAUUUCCUCCAGAGUUUCCAGUCUCUCUGUGUCUCUGCUGGACGUCGAUCUCCUCCAUUUGAAAGACCAGAUUUUCACACAUCCAGCAUCACUGUCCAUCAACAUCACUUAUCAGAUGGAAUGAGGAAAUAUUUCUCAGAUCUGAAGAAGAAACUUGAGGAAUUCUGUGCGGUGAAAUUCAACAAAAUCCCUGCACAAGUUCAGUCUUUUCUCUCAGAGCCACAGAGCAGAGAUGAUUUUAUGAAAUAUCUCUGUUAUCUGACUCUGGAUCCCAAUACGGCACAUUGUUACCUCAUUCUGUCUGAGAAGAACAGAGCAGUGAGAGGGAGUGAGAGAAAGCAGCAGAUCUCUGAUCAUCCAGAGAGAUUUGAUUACUGGUUUCAGGUGUUGUGUGAGGAGAGUGUGUGUGGACGCUGUUACUGGGAGGUGGAGUGGAGUGGUGGUAUGGGUGUAUCCAUUUCAGUCUCAUAUAAAGAUAUCAGAAGGAAAGGACGGGGUGAUGAGUGUGGGUUUGGACGCAACAAUCAGUCCUGGAGUCUGCAGUGUUCUUCUUCUUCUCUCUGUUUCUAUCACAACAACAUUGAGACUGAUCUCAGAGUUCCGCCACCAUCCAGAAUAGGAGUGUAUGUGGAUCACAGUGCAGGAACUCUGUCCUUCUACAGCGUCUCUGACACCAUGAAGCUCCUCCACAGAGUCCAAACAACAUUCACUCAGCCUCUAUUUGCUGGAUUUGGACUUUACUACUUAUCAUUUGGUUCAUCUACUGUGAGAUUCUGUGAUCCAGAAUAAAUUGUAGUGUUUGAGGUAAAAUUCCUGCACGUUGCCACAUUGAUCCUCAAACAUCUGUUUUACUAGAAAACAAUCCAGCUGCACAAAAACAAUCUAAAAUUGUAAUGAAUAAAUAUCAGUUAUUUUAUAAUAAUUAAAAAUAAAUGUUACAAAAUUAACAAACAAAUAAAAUGUAAAAAGACAAUGAUCAAAUGAUUUCUCAUGAUCUCAUUAAAUAUUUAAUAAACAAUAACAGAUCCAGAACAGAACAAUAUUGUGUUUAUGUGUUACCUAAAAUAUAUUCCCCUGUGAAACAGGAUGGUUUUGAUGAAUUUCCUGGAACAGCAGCUCUGACCGAAGUUCAGAUUUAUAUGAAUGUUCUAAUACUUUAUUGUUUCUACAGUAACAGUUCACACAAAUGUCAAUAUUUUGGCUUAAUAUAUAAACUUUUAAUUUAAAAACCAUUAAUGUUAUUUAAUAUAUUUUUUUUUAUAUC